UCCAAUUCCUCCCCUGAAAACUUCUCCGUUUAUAAAGGCAACGAUUGUGAGGAAUCAAGUUAAACAGACUCGCUUUGUCAGCUUGGAUUCAGACGUCUAACACAAUGGUGUGCGAUUUACUCGGAGGUCUUUUGCUUGUUAUUGCUGUAUUGCACAGCGCCGUCGGGCUUCGCCCCAAAGAGGUUUGCUUGUUGCAAGUUGACGAAGGACAAUGCAAUGACGAUAUAACUCGCUAUUACUACAAUACAAUUACUCAAAAGUGUGAAGAAUUCAGUUACAGCGGCUGUGGAGGAAACUUAAACAAUUUCAGAAGCUUUAUGGAAUGUCAGAAAACAUGUUUCAAGAUCCCAAAAAUUCCCCGGCUCUGUCGUUUUGAAAAGCAAGAGGGGCCCUGCCGUGCCCUCUUUAAGCGCUACUUCUUCAAUAUGACCUCCAUGCAGUGUGAAGCUUUCUUCUAUGGCGGUUGCCAAGGCAAUGAAAACAACUUUGAAAAUCUUCAGACAUGUAUGGAAUACUGCAGGCCUCCAAAAACAACCCCUGUGAUUUGCCAAGAUGUUUUGGACAAAGGGACGUGUUCGGCUUCAAUACCAAGAUAUUACUACAACUCGGUUACAAAGACAUGUCAGGAGUUUAUAUACACAGGGUGUGGAGGAAGCAACAAUAACUUCAUCUCCAAGAAAAGCUGCAUAGACGUGUGCGGGGCACGUGGGAAAAAGAAAGGAAUAAAAGUUCAUAAACAAAACCUCACACGGACAAUGGCUCAACCACAGAGGGUGCAAUAGACCAAAUCAGCGUUCAUGAAGUCAUGCACAUCACAAAGACAAAGAUAUUUGCACUGAUUUUACAUAGGGGUUAUUCAAACAACAAUUCAUGAAUAGUGUCUCCCACACUUAACAAAAUGUGAAUCUGUAUCCAUUAUUAUACAUUACUUUAUAUGUUGAGUGUUUUGAAAGGAACAAGUCUGUUUAAUAUUUUUUGUGAUUUUGUAUGCCUACAGUAUAUGCAAUUUAUUGUAUUAAUACAAUACAGUAUUUUGAAUUUUGUAAAGUCUUUCACUGGUUUGUUAAAGUGACAUAAUGUAUAGCAUAAUGUAUCAUUGACAACUUACUCAUCGAUUACUUACUAACUUUAUAAACUGUAAGACAAUGUUUUAUACUUGGUAUCAUCACAUAACUUCAGAAAGUUAAUGAUACUAAAUGUGACAAGAGCAGAGAUGAAAAAUGACUGUGCUUUUGUCACUCUCUGUUGGGUCAGAAAUGGCAGGUUGUUAUUUUCUCUGCCGUUUGAAAAACAUAUGGUUUAUCAUGCAACUCAUUGAGUGGAUAUUUUUAUAUACAUUUUUUAAUGUACUUUUUAUUAUGUUUAAUUCUAUUUUGUAUUUCAAUGAAAGCUGCCAUGGAAUUGUGUUUUUAUUUGCAAUGAUAAACUGAAUUUGACCUACUUCAAUGUAAUUAUUAAACAAAACAAUACUGAGA